AUGGAUGUUCCCUUGGAUAUAAAAGCAAACACUACAAAGGGUUUCGUAGAAGUUGAAUGUGGUAUUGAAUUUAUUGUUUAUUUAGCAAUUGAAGUCCCUAAUACGCACAUGACACCAUACGUGCACAUAGAAUUGGUAGAAGAAAAACUUGAAGCUGGGCAAGGAAAAUCAGUUUAUCGUCGUUUAUUUUCCAGAUUUUGCACUCCUAUUUUCCUAGAGUCUUUCAUUUUGACUUUUUUAGCUGAAUGGGGGGAUCGCAGCCAGAUAACCACAAUUGCUCUGGCUACUCAUAAGAAUGCUGCUGGAGUAGCCGUGGGAGCUAUAUUAGGGCACACGAUAUGUACAUCAGUUGCAGUGCUGGGAGGGAGCAUGCUGGCAUCCAAGAUCUCCCAGCGAACCGUUGCUACAAUUGGAGGCCUGCUUUUCCUCGGAUUUUCCUUGUCUUCAUUCUUCUACCCUCCAUUGUGAUUUACAUUAUAUUAUGGAAAUCUUACUGAUUAUUAUUCACACUCCUAAGGUUUUGCUUGCUGCUGUUUUAUUUUCUUUUUAGUUUCUCCGUUGGCUAUGCAGUUAAGCUCUAAUAUUUCUGAUGUUACAUUUUUUUUCCCCUUAAUUUAUGGUCCUCUUGCUUCAGAUA